UCAGAAUUUACGCCCGAUCCUUCCGUCGCUCGGCACAUCGAUCCAUUUGGUGUCCAAUCCUCGUACGAAGACAGUUUACUACUUGGUGCUGUCAUCGCCAAAGAUGCUAAAGCUUCGAAUCAAUUUUAGCGGAGAAGCCUAUUCGAGACUUUAGAAGACUCGACAGAAAUCUGGACAAAAUGUCGAUGACUGGGAGCUUGAUGGGAUACGAGAACAAUAACGAUGUGAACCAGGCCAAGUGUAAGAAGCCGUUGAAGCCGCUGCCAGUUGUGUCGAGCAUAAGCUCGAGUGGCGUUACUACGAGCGCGACCAAGUCAAAGAAAGCACGAAGGCCGAUGAGAAAAGAAACGUGCCCACGCGGUCAUGUGAACAGCCUUUGGUCUGUUUGGUACGGCAUACUGGCUGUCGCUUUUCAGGCGUACAUCGCAUUGAGAUACGCCAAACGAUUCGCCGCUUACCUGUCACUACCGUGGCCGGCGGAUGCACCGCCUCCUAAAAUCGAAUUGUACGCCUGUCUGGUGCUAGCCGGUGCCGGGGCCGUUUUACUUCCGGUGUUGCUUGGCGCAGCAUUCUUGAAGCUCGGCAAUCUCGCAAACGAUGGAAUAAAACUCGGCCGGCAUUUGAGCGCUUGUUCGCGCGACCCGCCAUCAUCGCUUCUCACUAACAAUCCCGAUAACAGUCUGGCAAAUAAUUUAUGGAGACACGGCGGCCCUACGGCAGCCUUCGUGCAUCUCUGCAUGGCCAUGUGCUUCCUCCUUCCUUCUCUGCUCAUGGAAGCGAGGCUAAUAUACGCUGGAUUUCUGCCAAAAGGUAAUAUAAAUGUCUCCGCAUUGCUUCUUGUUAUGCUUCUUCGGAAUUAGG